AUGAGAAACAUCGCAAAAUGGCGCUGUCAACUGACGGAAUACGACAUAGAGUAUGUGCCUCGCACGUCCGUCAAGGGGCAAGCGAUUGCCGACCACCUAGCAGAAUUCCCGAUCAACGACGACACGCCGAUUAACACGGACUUCCCGGAUGAAGGAAUCCUCCAGAUGGACGAAGAGAAAGAGGAGCCAACGUGGAAGAUGUACUUUGACGGGGCCGUCAAUUCCAUGGGAUCAGGAGUUGGGGUAGUUUUAAUAUCCCCGGACGGGCGCCAUUACCCGGUCGCCGUGAAAGUAGAUUUCUCCUGUACCAACAACGUGGUCGAGUACGAGUGGAAGACGAAAGACGCGAAGUUAGUCCCAUACCAUGAGUAUCUUGAGGAGUUGGCGAAGAACUUCGAGAAGAUCUCAUUCACUUACACUCCACGCGCGAAGAAUCAGUUCGCGGACGAACUCGCAACACUCGCAUCUAUGGCGAGUAUCUUAGAGGGGACCAUCAUAGAACCUCUCGAAAUCGAAGUGGCCAAAGGCCCGGCCCACUGCAACGCGAUUGAGGCGUCCGGAGCGAAGCCGUGGUAUGAAGACAUCAAGAACUUCUUGCAAACGGGCCAAUAUCCCCCAUUCGCCGAUCGCCGCGAUCAAAAGACAGUCAGACCCCUCCCGAUGCAUUACUUUCUGAGCGGCGAGAUACUAUACCGCCGCUCCUUUGAUUCCACGCUCCUCCGGUGCAUCGACCAACACGAAUCACGGCGUCUUAUGGAAGAAGUGCACGGAUGA